AUGUCUGUAAUAACAAAUUCUUCUCUUCUUCCUACUACAUCACAGAGUCAACAGGGAAGCUCUCGGUCUUUGAGUACAGCAGAAGUUGCUGGAAUCGUUAUUGGAUGUAUUGCUGGCAUCGUUUUGAUCAUCAUACUUUGCGUUUGCGCUUCAAAAUGGAGAAAAAAAAACAGAGAUAGACGCUCAAAAGCACCUGGAAAGUCGGCAACACCUUCACCACCACUGAAUCCUAAUGUUGUGGUUAAAAAUGAGUUACCAAUACUGAAGCAUGUUACACCGAAACUAGAUCGUCACCGUCCACUGCCUACACCAAAACCGAGUCACCAUCCACCGCCUACACCAAAACCGAGUCACCAUCCACCGCCUACACCAAAACCGAGUCACCGUCCACUGCCUACACCAAAACCGAGUCACCAUCCACCGCCUACACCAAAACCGAGUCACCAUCCACCGCCUACGCCAAAACCGAGUCACCAUCCACCGCCUACGCCAAAACCGAGCCACCAUCCACCGCCUACACCAAAACCGAGUCACCAUCCACCACGUACGCCGAACCCAGGUGAUAUUGCUCCAGGAUCAGAAGCAUUUCCAUUAUCUGAUUUAUGUCCACAAAAUCUACAUACACAAUAUUCUAAAAGAAUUCUUCGUCUGGACAAACUUUAUUUUGAUUUUGCUCAUAAUCUGUGCUUUUGUUCAUAUUGCUAUCCCAGUACAAAACCUGAUCGAUUCACAGUGGCUCAAUCUAUCUAUACUGUUCCGAGAGGUUGGACACGUUUUGGUCUUCGAGUCGACAGCACCGUAAUAGCUAAUCGCAAUUUAUUUAAACGAUGGUACACAGCUUUCUAUGGGACAUCAAGUGAUAAAGUCGAAUUGGUUAUGCGCAACCUUUACGUACCUAUGCCUGGUGACAAACUGUUAAGUGGUGAAACAUUCAGUACACAUUUACCGGAUAAAACGCAUGUUUACACGUCACCAUCUAUUCACUAUGCUUCCCUAAGACAUAUAUGUCCAACCGAUGUUGUAAAAAUGAACAAUGAGUGGUAUGAUGUUCAAAUCGUGCUGGAGUGUAAACAAAAUCCCGAAGGAAUCAUCAAACAAGCAGGAUAUAAGAAAAAUGUAUGUCAGAUUAUACCCGAUGAUCAAAUCGAAUGGAAGACAGAUCGCAGAGCAUCAAUUGUGCCAUAUGGUCUUCUUAUUCGUAGUCGAAAACAUCGAUGUACCAAAAAAUGUGCAGAUUUACAUUCUUAG